UUGUCGUCGGUACGGUGCACCAGUCACCGGAGUCGAUGCUUAUAUGGUCCUACGUACGAAUCGGAGUCCUCCAUUAAACCUGCCUCAACCUUCCCUCGCUAGCUCCCGUAUUUUCCAAAGUCUAGACCACAAAGCCUUUGCCAGAGUCCAUGUACCCUUCCUGUGAGGCGCCGCUUCUGCUCACCAAGGAACACGAUGAGAAGGGGCGGUGGUGGAGGGAAGCCGCCGAGGAGUCCGGCCGGUUGGUGGCUGUGGCACUGCCCAUGAUCUUCGUGGCGCUGCUGCAGUUCAUGAUGCAGCUCAUCGCGACUGCCAUGGUGGGGCACCUUGGCGAGGUCGAGCUCGCUGGUGCGGCCAUGGCCAACUCCCUCACCAUAGUCACCGGCUUCAGCAUCAUCGCAGGACUGGCAUGUGCUCUGGAAACUAUUUGUGGGCAGGCCUAUGGAGCAGAACAGUAUGAUGAGUUGUCCUUAUACACCUACAGGUCCAUCGUUGUACUCUUUCUUGUGAGCGUGCCCAUCGGUAUUCUAUGGCUUUUCAUUCCCGAAGUGCUUGCUCUCAUAGGCCAGGAUCCACAAAUAGCAAAUGAAGCUGGGAAAUUUGCAUUAUGGCUUAUCCCUGGUUUAUUUGCCUUCAGUCUUUCUCAGUGCUUUACGAAGUUUCUGCAGUGCCAAAGCUUGAUUUUUCCUAUGGUUCUUAGUUCCUUGAUCACAAUCUCCGUAUUUAUUCCUUUGUGUUGGUUAAUGGUUUAUAAAGUUGACAUGGGUUCUUCUGGAGCUGCUUUAUCCGUCACCAUCUGCGAUUGGGUUGAAGCGAUUGUUCUCUGUCUUUACAUUAAGUUUUCACCUUCUUGUGAGAAAACACGAGCUCCAAUCUCGUCUGAAGCUUUUAGAUCGUUUGGCAGCGUGAUGCGUUUGGGUGUACCGUCCACCCUUAUGCUUUGCCUUGAGUGGUGGUCUUUAGAGCUGAUUGUUCUGCUUUGUGGGAUCUUACCAAAUCCAGCACUUGAAACUUCUGUGCUUUCUAUAUGCAUAUCUGGGCUGCUACUGUUGAACAAUAUCCCUUUCGGUCUUGGAGCAGCUGCAAGUGUGCGUGUGUCAAAUGAACUAGGUGCUGGCAACCCAAAAGGUGCUCGCUUGGCGGUAGGUGUUGCAUUGUCUUUUAUAGCAUGCUCAGCGAUCUUGGUGAGCACAACUCUUCUAGCACUGCGCAACUUCAUUGGAAUUGCAUUCAGCAAAGAGGAGGAGGUUAUAAGCUAUGUCACCCGAAUGGUACCCUUACUCUCCAUUUCAGUUAUUACAGACAGCUUCCAGGGAGUCCUUUCAGGUGUUGCUCGGGGCGGUGGAUGGCAGCAUUUAGGGGCCUAUGUUAACCUGGGCGCCUUCUAUCUUGUCGGGUUGCCCGUCGCUCUCUUUUCUGGUUUUGCAAUGCAACUAAGAGGGAUGGGGUUUGUGUUUGGCAUGAUAGCUGGUGGAGCCACGCAGGUCAUUCUCCUAUCUGUGAUUACUGCUACUACUGAUUGGGAAAAGAUGGCUGAGGAGGCUAAGGAGAGAGUAUUUGAAGAACGACUCCCAAAACCAUGAGCCUUGGAGAGCACUCCAAAAAAAAUAAGCCUCGAAAAGGGCACCUUGUCAAAAAAUUGAAUAGCAAAAGAUAAAAAAGAUCUUAUUUUAAGUAGUAUAGCAUGCUCUCAUUUUUGUGGCUAGAUUUGCAUGUUUGAUAUUUUAAGUUA